CAAACUUUUGAAUAGUUGAUAUUGAUCUCUCAUCGAUCUCUUAUCGAUCUCUUAUCAAUCUCUCUUCCCAUUGUUCUGAGUACAGAUCGGGGAGGAUGGGUGGUCGAAUAGUAGGGUGAAAAGGUGAAUGAUAGUUGGCAUGUUACGUAUAGAAUCGAGAAACGGGUCAAACGAAAGAACUCGACGUUCGACUCAAUUGAAUCGAGCUGGAAUCUCGAAUUCAAAAAAGAAACUGGCGAAUAGUAGGGCAUAAUUUGCCGGGGGGUAAGGGUUCUCGCCCUAUUGAUUGUUGGGGAAACUCCAUUUAGUUAGAAGCCGCCUUAUGCCGGGAAGUUCCAUUUAAAUAGAACCAUUAUCUAUCGGAGCUUGUUUCAUUAAGAUCCUUCCAAUCUUCCGGCAUCGUGUUGUUUCAAAUUGAUAGAUAAGGGAUAGGGCAUCUAGAAAAUCUUAAUUUAUAUAACGAAGGUCAGGAUCUCGAUCUCGUCCUGGAUCUCUAUCUCGAACAUCAGAUUUGAUCAGAAUCACGAGCAUCUAGUUAGGGCAUUCAUGCCACUACUGAACCUGGGCCUGGAACUGGGCGAAGAGCUAGUAGGGAUGGAACUUAAACAACUGCUGCUUAAUCUAUCUCCGAUAGUUCUAAAAUAGAGAACUUCCAGCUUCAUGAAGUAGGGCCUAACCAUUUCGUCAACUACCUUCCUCCCUCUCCCUCUAUAGUAGUGUUAAGAGGUGCUAGAUUUGUUUCAGUGCAGGUCAAGCUCAGUACUAGCUUACUAGAGAGCUCAUAGAGGUGGGAAAGAGCGCUUACUAGCCAUGGUGGUAAGUGUCCCUGGGUUAAGCAAACAAAAAGGAAUCUAUCGCGGUACCAAGCCCUGGAAUAGCUCUGUUCUGAGUGUAUAGAUGCGGGUAGGAGUGCCUACUAGCCCCGUUAGGAGUGUACGGCCGGUCAGGAAGUCAAUUGAUCUCUUUAGAGUGAGUACUAGCCCUGAAAGGAGUGGGGAAUAGCUCCGGGUGAAUAGAGUUGGGUAAAGCUGUCGAGGAUCCUCAUGUGAGUCGGUCUUAUUACUUAUAGAUAUGGCAUGGAUGUGGAAUAAGUGGGCGCCGCCUCUUGUCCCCUUCAUGAACGAUAAAGGGUGAAAGGUGCCAAUGCCACCAGUAUGAAAAGGUGAACUACCUGAUCUCGGUAACAUGAGAUGCAAACUUUCCGGAACCCCUACUAUUCUAAUGGGCCCCGGUUCGAAUGAACAGCGGGCACGAACGGCAUUUAUGCAUAACCAGUGAGCGACAGCGAACUCACUAGCCACCCGACUGCUGCCGGCUUCCCCUACGGGGGGGCCUUCUGCCGUCCCUACGGCGCUGGGGGAGAGUGGCCGAGUGGUUUAAAGCGACAGACUGUAAAUCUGUUGGAGGUUUUCUACGUAGGUCCGAAUCCCGCCUCUCCCAUACCCAUAGAUGUGUGUGUGUUCCAAUGAUGCCCCCCCCUAUUCCAUAGUUCCCCCCGGCUAGAUAGUAGGGCCUAUGCGUAACCCCCAACUAUAGGGCUCCGCAGGCUAAUGAAUUGACGUGGGGGGGGGCAACGGCUAUAUCCACCUGCCAUAGUAGAUUAUUGUGCCGGGGCCCUCCCUAGAGUUCCCUAUGAACACCCGGGAAGAUAGCCGUUGCUAGCCUCUCACCCACCCUGCAUUGGGGGGCAUAGUUGCUAUAGGCGGAUCACUUGAAUGAAAGAAACUCGUUUUCUGCUCAACCCAAUCACAGGCCGCUCUCCCGUAGCCGCCCUCCCCCCUGAUUCCUGGUCGUCCCCAUAUUCGAUUCCAUGUAUUUACUCAUAGUAUCGUCGCCCUUGCUCGGUAGUCCCGUAGCGGGUGCUUUCGGACGUUUUCCAGGUUCAGAAGGAACCGCCAUAGUAACCACCACGUGCGUUUCAUCAUCUCCUAUCUCAUCCUUGACUGCUUCUCAUGAGGUCGCACCGGGAGCUAGUGCUCGCUAUCCGAAAAUUGCUCCAUGGAUCUCAUCCGAAAUGUUUGAUGCUUCUUGGGGCUCCUUGUUUGAUAGCCCGACCGUAGUUAUGUUAAUCGCGGUUACAUUCGUAAGUAGCUCGGUCCAUCUCUAUUCCAUUUCCUAUAUGUCCGAGGAUCCACAUAGCCCUCGAUUUAUGUGUUAUUCAUCCAUUUCCACUUUCUUCAUGCUCAUGUCGGUUACCGGGGAUAACUCGAUUCAAUUAUUCCCGGGAUGGGAGGGAGUAGGUCUCGCUUCCUAUUUGCUAAUCAAUUUUCGGUUCACACGACUUCAGGCGGAUAAAGCAGCUAUCAAAGCUAUGCUUGUCAAUCGAGUAGGUGAUUUCGGAUUAGCUCUCGGGAUUUUGGGUCGUUUCACUCUCUUUCAAACAGUAGACUCCUCGACCAUUUUUGCUCGUGCUAGUGCCUUUUCCGAACCCCACAAUUCUUUCAUCUUCUGCAAUGUGAGAUUUCAUGCCAUAACUGUGAUUUGUAUCUCACUCUCUAUUGGUGCUGUUGGAAAAUCCGCACAGAUAGGAUUGCAUACUCGGUUACCCGAUGCGAUGGAGGGUCCCACUCCAGUAUCCGCUUUGAUUCAUGCAGCUACUACGGCAACAGCAGGCGUUUCCAUGAUAGCGAGGUGCUCCCCUCCAUUUGAAUACCCACCCACGGCGUUAUCUACGAUUGCUUUUGCAGGGGCUAUGACGUCAUCCUCCGCGGCAACCACUGGAAUAUUACAGAACGAUCUGAAGAGGGUCAUAGCUUAUUCAACCCGCAGUCAAUUAGGGUAUAUGAUCUUUGCUUGCGGCAUUCCCAACUAUUCGGUUAGCGUCUUUCACUUAAUGAAUCACGCGUUUUCCAAGGCAUUACCAUCCUCGAGUGCAGGUUCGGUGAUUCAUGCCAUGUCGGAUGAGCAAGAUAUGCGCAAGAUGGGGGGGCUUGCUUCCUCGUUACCCUUGACCUACGCCAUGAUGCUCAUAGGCAGCCCAUCCCCAAUUGGAUUUCCUUUUCUAACUGGAUUUUAUUCCAAAGAUGUGAUCUCGGAGCUCGCUUACACCAAAUAUACCAUCAGUGGGAACUUCGCUUUCUGGUUGGGAAGUGUCCCUGUCUUUUCCACUUCUCACUACUCUUUCCGUUCGCUUUUUCUGACAUUUCUAGCACCAACUAAUCCAUUCGGGCGAGACAUCUUACGAUGUCAUGAUGCGCCCAUUCCUAUGGCCAUUCCUUUAAUCGCUCUGGCUUUCGGGAGUCUUUCUGUAGGAUACUUGGCCAAAGUGUGACCCGUUAGCCCAUAAGUACUGUGACAAAGCGGCUGUUGCUCACCCAACACGAUCGUACGAGGCACCCACAAGAAAAAAGAAGGGCCGGGGUGAACAAGAAUUGGGGAUUGGAUGCGGGCGAAAUUCCCGCCAAUGGCUGAGAUGCUCAGUCGACUCUCGAAACCUUUGGCGAUUCACGCACGAGUGAGCAGAAAAGGGAAGGGGAAAGAGGCCCUGGUGAACGCAAUCAGUUAACAGGUGUAAGCUUUGCCGCUUGCCCGACAGUAUUCAGUACUGACCACACUGAGGGACAGGCCCUAAAGCGAAGGACGGGAACGUGGGUGGCAGUGCGUUCCAAUUUUUGGCCUUGCACCGAACAUCCAAUGGACCAUGGACUAAACGGCCACUGUCUGAAAGGACUAUGUCCAGGUCGUUCCGCCCCCACAAGGUACAUCCCGCGCCUAUGGGCCGCUAUAACUAUCCAAGAAGACACUCGGAACUGGAAGGAGACAAAAACCCGGUGGACCGCCGAGCUGCAAGUCGACACGCAUGCACAGGAGCAGGAUUCCCCAAGAAGCAAGGGUCGCGGGUGGCCAAGAGGGCCCACUUGGAGACUCGGGAUCUCAGCAGGCCUAUCUAGAGUAGGGGCCGAAGCUUAGUAAGUUUCGUUCUGAGUCGGUAGGCUCGUGAUAGAUAAUACCCUCAGU